CAAAAUCCUGUCUUGUUGCCUGUGCAGGUUCACACCCCGCUCACUUCUCUCUCCCCGUGGAGAGCGUGGGGGGCUCCGCUCAGAGGUCGAGGGAGGUCGAGGCAGGGCCAGGAGCCAUGAUGGACACAGAGGGGCUGUAAAGGCUGCAAACAUCUCCACAACCCCUGCGCAGAGGGGCCCGGGCCAGGGCCACAGGGAGCCAUGGAGAGCUUCAUGGAGUCACUGAACAGGCUGAAGGAGAUCCACGAGAAGGAAGUCCUGGGCCUGCAGAACAAGCUUCUGGAACUGAACUCAGAGAGGUGCCGGGACGCCCAGAGGAUCGAGGAGCUCUUUGCCAAGAACCACCAGCUCCGGGAACAGCAGAAGACACUGAAGGAGAACCUUCGGGUGCUGGAAAACAGGCUGCGGGCCGGCCUGUGCGACCGCUGCUUGGUCACCCAGGAGCUGGCCAGGAAGCGGCAGCAGGAGUUCCAGAGCUCCCACCUGCAGAACCUACAGCACAUCUUCAUCCUCACCAACGAGAUGAACGGACUGAAGGAAGAGAACGAGACCUUGAAGGAGGAGGUGAAGCGGCUUCGGGGCCUGGGAGAGAGGCCCAAGCCCCUGGCCAAGGAGGGCACCUCAGACCCCCCCUCACCCCUGCUGCUCCCCUCCCCUGGCGGCUGGAAGGCCAUCACAGAGAAGCCACCAGGAGGCCAUGAGGAGGCUGAGGAAGACCACCAGGGCGCAGCCCUACAGGGAGAAGAAAAGCCAGCAGGGCACAGGGCAUCUCCAGUGGCCAAAAUCUCACCAGGGGCCACCCUGCCUGAGUCGUGGGCCCCAGACAUGAGCCCCCAGCGCAUCUCCAACCAGCUGCACGGGACCAUCGCCGUGGUACGGCCUGGGUCCCAGGCUUGCCCUGCUGACCGUGGCCCCACCAAUGGGACGCCCCCACCACUGCCCGCCAGGAGCAGCCCACCCAGCCCAGCGUAUGAGCGCGGCCUCUCUCUGGACAGCUUCCUGCGGGCCUCCCGGUCCUCUGCCAUGACCCAUGAGACCCUGAAGCACUCCCCGAAGGUGGACCGGCUCUGCCUCCUAAACCGCCCCCUCUCCCUGCACCUUCGGAGCCCCCGCAGCAGCCCCCUGGCCCAUGCUGCAGCCCCCCGUGACCCCCGGCUCCAGGACCUGAAGGCCGGAGAAGCAGAGGCCUGGGAGGAGCCUAUAGAACUGCUGGGGCUGCCCAGUGCCCUGGCGGGCAUGCAGGACCUUCGCCUGGAGGGGGCACUACACCUGCUCCUGGCCCAGCAGCAGCUGCGGGCUCGGGCCAGGGUAGGCAGUGUCAGGCCAAGGGGCCAGCCCACACCUGGGGAGAUGCCACCCUCCCCACCAGUCGGCUCUGACUCUGAGGGCCCUGAGAGUGAGGGGGCCAGGGCAGCUCUGGCCGCAGCAGCAGGCCUGCCUGGAGGGCGGCACACACAGCCUGUAGGCUCGGGCCGCGCCCAGAGGACGGAGGCUGCAGCAGCACAGGACUGUGCCCCAGACAAGCCCCUGGACCUCUCGGAGUGGGGCCGGGGCCGGGGCCAGGACACUCCCAAGCCAGCCGGCCAGCAUGGGUCACUCAGCCCUGCCACUGCCCACACUCCCAGCCCCGAGCCACCCACCAAGUCUGGACCCCUGACUCGCAGUCCCCAGGCACUCAGCAAUGGCACCAAGGGGACCAGAGCACCAGAGCAGGAGGAGGCUCGCACUCCCGUGGACCCCUCAAGCCCACUUCCAGGGUCCCAGCUCAGCCUGUCCUCUCCAGGCAGGACAGGAGAUGAAGACACAGGGAGGCCUCUGCCACCUCCCCACCCACAGCUGCCUCCCCACCCACAGCUGCCUCCCCACCCACAGCUGCCUGACCUGGACGGCCACUCAGAGCCCAGCAAGGCUGAAGUGCUGAGACCAGAGUCCGAGGAACGGGAUGAGACAGACACCCCAGGCGGCGAGGUGGGUCCAGGCCACACACUCCGCAGGGCCGUGCUGGGAGGUGCUCCUCCUCCUGACCACACCCCCUUCUCCCCAGGCGGACCAAAGCAUGGCUGGGGAGGGGCCCGGGUGUAUCUGCGCCCAGGAUCACGGGCAGGGUCUGCCACGGAAGAGGAAGCAGGCCUCGGAGCCCGGGGACAAAGCCUCCAAAAAGCAAUCCAGAGGGAGAAAGAAACUGACAGCCACUGAGGGCCCCGGGAGCCCAAGGGAUGCCAAGGACGACAGUCCCUCCCCCGACAGCAGCCCCUGGGAGGAGACCUAGCCAGCCUGCACCAGGGUCCACAGCAAGCCCGGGGCGGCCCUCCACCUGCCCACCAGGGCCUGGAGAGGGCACACCAUGCAACCAGCAGGCAACCCCGCACAACCCCUGGGAGGAGACCUACCCAGUCUGCACUGAACCCACAGCGAGCCCAGGGCGGCCCUCCGUCUGCCCACCACAGCCUGGAAAGGCCACACCACCCAACCAGCAGGCAGCCCUGCACAGCCAGUGGUGGGCACAUCCUGGCCCACUUCAAGAAGGGCUGGAGGACCAAGAGGGGUCUCAGGCUGGCGAUUCACCCUGUCUCCACCCACCUGGGAAAUGCUCUGUGGCCCCUCCCACAGCCCAGCACCUGCUCCCUGGGGGGUGUGGGGACUGGAGGCAGGAUCACUCAGGCUCCAGCCCAGCCCCACCCCUGCUGUGCACUGCAGCCCUUCCCACGCAGUGCCCAUGCUCUGGGAGGCAACAGACCACUCCGACCCCCACCCCUGCGCACCAAGCUCCGAGCACAGUCUUGGACGCCCCCUCGUGGGCUCCCGGCAAACAGAUGUCUGGCAGUGAGGGUGGAGGGAGGCGGUGGGCAGCAGCACCCUUGCAGACGGGGUCCCCUGAGUGAUGAAGAAUAAACACCUGAAGAAUCGUG